AUGAGAAACCUUACUAUCAUUGCCAUUUUGAUAAAUCUAACUGCAAUCACUUAUGUAUCAAGUUCAAAAAAUUCAGAAAUUAUUUAUGAAUCAUUUUCAAAUGGUAAUAAUCAAACGAUCUAUCUUCAACGUAUUAAAGGUUAUAGAGGUUCUAUUAUGUAUAAACAACAUGAACAAACAAUUAAUGGUCGUACACAAUGUAGAGUCCAAUAUAAAAAUCAAACAAUGAUCGAAGAUGAAACUAUUCAAAUUAAUGGUAAAUAUUAUAAAGUUGAACAAUGUCAAUUGAUUCGUGCUUUUCAAACAUGUAGUACUAAACAUCUCUUAAAUAUGUUAAAAAUUGUAUGUACACGAGCCAAUAGACCCUCAUCAACAACAACAAUUAAUCGCUAUCGUCGUUUCCUCGUAUCAUUCGAUAAAACACUCCUAGACGUAUGCUGUUAUAGAUCAUGUACAGUUACCGAAAUCACACAUUAUUGUGCAUAA